AUGGAUUUGGACAAAACGCUAAAACUUGCGCUCAAGCUAGGGCUAAGCAAGGAAGAGGCGAUGCGUCUUUGGGACGAGAAGAAAGAAGAGGCCAAAAGCAGCAAAAGCAGCAAGAGCAGCAAGAGCACCAAAGAGAAAGGGGGAGGAAAGCGGAAGUCCAAGAAGGCCAAGAAAGGCACCUCUAGGGAAGGCAGAUCGAGACCCAGAAGCAAGAAGGCUGGCAAGGCUAAGUCCAGCAAGGAGAAGGUGGGCAAAGGAAGCAAGGAGAAGGCGCACAAAGGCAAUAAGAAGUCGAACAAGGAGCGGGCCUCCAAGAGGCACAGCAAGGAAAAAAGCAGCAAGGAGAAAGACAACAAGGAUAAGCAACGUAAAGAAAGGCAACAAAGCAAGGAGAAACACAGCAAGGAUAAGCUCGGAAGCAAAGAAAAGCAUAGCAAUGACAAGAGGAGUAAGGAGUCCACAUUCGGACACAACCUCUCUAGUGAUAUCUUCAAUUCAGCAAUGGCACUCAGUCCCCAGCGGCUGCGGAGCACCUGA